AUGCAGAAGAGCCAGAGUGAGGGCAGCUUGGCGUUUCUGAACAACUCGAAGGUCGGCUCGGCUACCGGCUUCAUGCUGGUCUGUGGUGGCAUCAUGGCAAUUCCGCAUGGAAAGAAGUCCAGAGGACUUGCAGAUGUUGCGACCCGCUUCACGGCGGUGUCUGAGUACCAGGACAAAUUUCGUGAAAUUCCGCACUGCUAUGCUUCCAUGGACAGGAAGCCGCUGAUGCCUUACAACCCCAAUUCGACCCGAUCACGUCUCGCUUUGGAGGAUGCGCCAGUUCCGUUGAAGAAUGCAUCCACCAUCGAAUUCCGAGACAAGUUCUGCGUCCACAAGAGACGAUUCGUGACGACGCACAAGAAUUACUACACCGGAGAGAGGCCGGACAUGAGAAGCAACCCGGGCAUGAUCGCAGACAGCACGCGUCUGAAGAAAAGGCUGCAAGAGAUGUAG